CGCUCUACAGUGUUAGUGCUUCAUCGUCAUUCAUCGCUCGCGCUCUCACGUAGCAAGCGACUACGACGAGCAGGCUGACCAGCGAGCGCCACCUCCUCCUCCUCAUCGACCACCCACCCGCUCACCCCCGCGCCUCUGCUCUCUCUGUUCUGCUCUGCUCUGGCACACACUACUACAAAUCUGCCGCUGCCUACUCUGGUUUUCUCAUGCUCAUGUUCCCCCUCUUAACUGCCUGCUCGCCUUCCAAGUACUCGCCUCUCCUUCUUCUUCUUUUUCUCGAUUACUGCCCCCCUGCUCCCUCCCUCCUUCCCCUGGCACUGGCAUAGGCAUUGUCUUAUUCUUGGUGUAAUUGUCGUUUGGGGGGGAUCAGUAGACAUUUCGUUGUGGCGUUUCAUGGUUCUGGACGUGGCGAGGGGCUUCUGUGAGGUUUAUGGUGAAGUAAGCCGCAGACGAGGGAGCUGCUCCGGGUUGUUGUCGUUGAACGUGGCAGUAGCGACGGGUUCGAGUUACGUGUGUACGUGGCGUGGGAAUUAGUUAACUCGGGGGCGUAGAGUGGCGGAGUUGCGCCGCGCGGCGGUGAGAUUGUGUUUCGAGUUCCUGUUCUUCGAGGUAUCAACUUGCAUAAAUGUUGCGUUAUCGAGGCUUCCAGGCACUAUGGCUGGCGGUUGCAUUCCUGUGCCAGUAUUCAGCAGCGUGGGAUCUGGAGCCUCCUGCCGGUUUUAGCAAGUCACUUACCACCUCCAUCGACCAAGGCAAACAGAUGUAUACUUGUGACACUGGUAUUUGGCGUAAGUCAGGAUCCUCAGCAUAUUUGGUCACAAAUAAUCCUCAAAACGGCGGUCUUGUAAGAGCUGGGAAUUAUGAGUCUACUGCGGACCCCACAACCAAACGAUCUAUCAUGAAGUGGACAAUCCUCAAUUCCCCUGGCGACGCGAUUGAAUCAGGAGAUCAGAUCAGUAGCGUAAAGGGAGUGGCCAUUUACUCGCAGAAUACUUCUGAGGACUCAGUUCCCGAAGUGCUGUUCGAGGUGACGUCCCACCAGGGAGCUGGUGCAGCUGCCUUGGUUACAUACAUUAUGAUGACUCAAACCAAGGGUGGACAAGCUCCAGAUACCUCUUUGUGCACUGAAGAUGACAUUGUUGCUGACGUGCCCUUCGAUGGCUACUUUGAAUUCUACGUUCAAGAUAGGCAGCCGCCCCCCACCGUACCUGCGGAGCUCAAGCCGCCUGCUCGGGUUGUUCAAGGGUUCUUUGUGAAAGGGAAGAUGGUGUUCAGAUUCGAUGGUAUGAAAUGGCAUUCUCAGGGUAUCAUUGCUACCAUUUACAAUGUCGCUGGCGGUAAUGCUAUAGGGAAAUUCGGAACCAUUAGGAAGCCUGAUCAAUACGGCAGUAACUUACGCUGGAUUGUCGACAAUCCAAAUGGCUUCACACUGACUGGCAAGAUUACUGGAAGUAAAAAGGUGUCCGACAAUGGUGCUGCCUGGCAGCUCUAUGAAAUCACUACGAGCUCAGGGACAGUGACUUCAGUUGGACCUUUCAAAUACGUGCAGUUGACUUCAACGAGAGGAGGUCUGGAGCCUAAGAUUGCAGGUGGAGCAACACUCGGUUUGCUAUGGAAGUCCAAUUUCACAGGGAUCUGCUGGUUCUACACCUAACCAGUGUACUAUUACAUAAACUGCUGUUCAAAAUUGCCUGCAAUUGCUGAGAGCCGCUGACAAGAUAGCUUAUAAAGAGAGGACGGAUGGGUAUGUAGGUGCACGUACUGCCGAGAUAUGCAAACCGGCGGACAAUUUCUUGUCUGAGAUGUGCUGCGCUCUCCUUCUCUCUAUACUAGCUCCUGUAAAACUUUAGCCGAAAGUGUGUACGAUGUGUGAUAUGACCAUGUUUAAGUGUAAAUGAAUGGGUACAUCGCCAGUGUACACUAGCAACACGCUUGUUAUAAUAAUUUUCUUACGUGUGUGCACAUCAUCCUGUGGGCCAAUCAAACAAUCUGCAGAUUUUUUAA